UCUCUGUUCAUUGCUCGGAAGCUAGAACGCUGAGAAACAUGUAAUUUGUUUUAUAUCAAGUGUUUUACAAGAUUAUAGGUGGUUGCGCUUUGAUUAUAGUAAUAAAUGAUAAACAAACUACAGUAGUUAAAUUCUUUCAAUUACGCUGUCCGCUUAUAUAUGGGCGUAUUGUUUAGUAUUCCGUAAGUAGAUGUUCCACUAGUAAUAUUAAAGCUGAUGUUCCUUCUCACAAGAAGUGUUGCACUCUGUUAUGUGAAUUUAACAGAAUAGAACACCAGCUUAAGGAAUAUCAUAUUUUUUUGGGUGAUGAACAUGUUACUAAAGAACUAGCAUGUCGUGUUCGUUUUUAUAUUUAUUCAGUUAAAUAUUGUUUAAAAAGAGAACUAACGGUUAUAAAAUUAUGAAAUAAAUUAAGUAGAAGAUGACAGAAAUAUAUGAUAUGUAAUGUACUAAAUAGAAAAUAAAAGAUGUCAUAUUUGUCCUGCUUCUUGUCCUAUCCUGGCCUGUCCUGUCCUGCAGGACGAGACUAGAAUUUUUGUUCUGUCCUGCUAGCGGCAGGACAAGGGUUUCUUGCAGAAUAGGACAGGACAGGAUAGAAAAACUUGUCCUGUUCUCGUCUCUGAUAGCAACAAAUUAUGGCAUAAACACUCAUUUUGUUUUUUGUUUUGUUUUGAACUCUCCUUGUUACUCAACAUGAAUAGUCAGUUUUUAGUUUUUAUUAAUCUAUUGUUCACUUUUUUCUUUCUCUUUGUUUCUAUCUUAUUUGUAACUACUCUAGAGCGUCACAAAUAAAACACAUAGAAUCAGACAAGAAUUUUAUCUUUCAUAAGUAUUGUUUUCUCUAACAUCAACAAAAAAAUUGACUUUCUAUUUCUAUUGAAUUUAUAAUGAAGUUAAGUCUUAAACAUAAGAAUUUAUUAAUCUAGUUGAUUUUUAGUUUUUAUUUGUGUAAGUUAAUCAAAAAAAAAAAAUAAAGUUUUUAGCCUUUUAUGAAUUUAUAAAUAUUUAUUUUUGUUUUUAAUUUAAUUUUAGCUUGUUGGUCAUUUUAUUGAACCACAUUGUCUUAAUCCAACAUUUAUUUAUCAUCAUCCACAAAUUAUGAGUCUAUUGGUAAAAUAG